UGCAGCUUGAAACUUUCAGGCCUGUAUUUCCCCACAGGUACAGGUGAACUGGCACCAGUACCUAGGGAAGAGAGAGUUUUCGGAAGGUGAGGAAUUAGCCUGACAGUCCUGGCCGCCUUUGUGUGGAAUUGCACCUGCUGGGAAUUAGGAGUCUCCAAACAUUCAAACAAACAAACAAACAAAAAAAGGCUUCCUGACAUAAACUGUGGUAUGGCAAUGUUACUGAGUGCUGUUAGACUGCUGCUAUGUUCCAGUGACAGCUUUUCAGUAGAAAUUGAAAUUAUGUCAUUAUAGAAAGUCAGUUAAGUGCUUUGGGAUUCUUCUUGGUUAAGAUUAUAAAAAGAACAUGAAGUCCUAUAAACCAUGCUUUUUAGGUGACAACGCUAUAGCCUUACUUUUAACAUACCACAAAAGAAAAUAGCAAACUUUUUCUUCUAAUCAGAAAAAAAAAGUAAGAAAAUGUAUACAAAAUCUAGACCACUUCUUACAUUUCAACUUUUUAUAUAACUUUUUUCUAUAUGUGAUAUCAAUAGGUAUAAAUAUCAGAACUUAAUUAAAGGUAUAAUAAUAAUUUGAGAGGAAUAUCCAGACACACUCUGUUAACAGUUUUCCGUUAGAAUCAUAACAAUGUUAAUGUUGAAGUGAAAACAAAGAACAGUUAAUCUCUUCUGAAUCUGAGCUAUAUGAAGAUUUUUUUUCCAGUUAACAGUUGCUGAUGGCCAACUAUUGCUAUGUAACAGGUCUAGCAAGCCUCAGUAUAGAGAGGCAAAGACCCUGUCCAUCAUGAUUUAUGUUUAUUACCUUAAAUUCAGACACAGGUAAAUUGUACUGGUAUAAAUCAUAUUUUAUAGCUCUUUUGCUUGCAUGCCAUGAAAUUCUGUGCCGUUACAAUUAUAUCAGAUACUGUUGCUCACGUUGAAUUCCCAACAUAGGUAAUUGGCAUUACAUUUUUCUACCUAUAUUCCAUUCUCUAUAAUUUUUGUAUAGCUCGCAUCACCAUAUGAUCUGAGAUCUUCCAGAAGUGCAUUACGGAAUCAUGGAAUCGUAGAAUGGUUUGGGUUGGAAGGAACCUUAAAGAUCAUCUAGUUCCAACCCUGCUGCCAUCGGCAGGGAUACUGUCCACAAGAUCAGGUUGCUCAAAGCCCCAUCCAGUCUGGCCUUGAACAUGUGGUUUGUUUUUUCCUGUUUCCUAAGGUACUGCUCAAGUUGGAUAUCUUUGGUUUCUGUAUUGAAAUAAAUAGGUGUAGGAGCCUUUCAUCUGAAUUGCAAUGCAAUAAAAUCUCUGGUGCUUUUUGUCCAUGUUCUGGAUCCAGUCUCUAGGAAAGCUGUGUACUUACAUGGAAAAAAUAGAAAUAAAAUUAUUUCCUAAACCCCCAGUGCUAGGAUUUUCAGAAAAGAUUUAACUGAGGUUUUUUUAAAAUCACAGUAGUAAGCAGUCAGAAAGAAGGUAUCACGUUGUCAGAAUUUGAAAGAAAAAUAAUAGAAGACUGCCAAUCUGUUCUGCUAAAUGCAAUAUUCUCUCACAUGACCAUACAGGUUAAAAAAAAAAAAGUGUUGGAACCUUCUGCAGCUUGGAAUGGAAUUGAGUUAUGGGCGGUACUUAGUCAAACUGAUUGGACUUUAACAAGUUACUGUUCUGUUGGAUGUCUUAGCACACGGGGUGCUGUACUGAGACUGUUCGAAUGUCACAGACCAAACUGGAUUGAGCCUGGCCAGACAAAAUGGGCAGAAUCUCCCACCUUUUCCUGGGUAGAGAGGACCCUUGGUGCAGACAUAGUGAUAGUUUCAGAGCAGGAGGAGUGGGAUCGUGUUGAACCUUUGCUGAAGAAGGAGCUGGAGAAGUGGCCAGUACUUGGAAUUGACUGUGAGUGGGUAUCUGUGGAGGGAAAAGCAAAUCCUGUAUCCCUCCUACAGAUGGCUUCUUCCAGUGGCCUCUGCAUUCUUGUUCGGUUGCCCAGGCUAGUUUCCAGUGGACAGACUAUCCCAAAGACCCUGUUGGACAUCAUGGCAGAUAGUGCUGUGUUGAAAGUUGGGGUAGGAUGCUGGGAAGAUGCUUGCAAGUUACUUCAUGAUUAUGGUCUUCCAGUCAAAGGGAGCGUGGAUCUCCGGUAUUUAGCCAUGAGACAGCGGAAGGAUCUACUUCACAACUGCCUUAGCCUGAAAUCUUUAGCUGAAAACGUCCUGAACUGCCCACUUGACAAGUCUCCUCACGUGCGUUGCAGCAACUGGGAGGCAGAAGAACUGACACAAGAUCAGGUUCUAUAUGCUGCUAGGGAUGCCCAGAUCUCAGUGGCUCUGUUCUUCCAUUUGCUGGGAUUUACCAGCCUCCCUGCUACAUCUGAAGGUGAAAACUCUGUCGCUGCUUGGGAAAACGUGCUGGGUAAAUGCCGGGGCUUGGUGGAUAUCCCAUUUAGAGGAAGAAGGAGUGGCAGCACAGGAGAGGAGAAAAGUGGAGAGGGACGCUCCCCUCAGAAAACAAAGAAUCGGAAAUCUUCGGUGAAUGGCCAGUCCUCUGGCAGUCAGCAAGUGAGAGAUCCACGGAGGCAGAAGCGAAAGCCUCUGGGUGUGGGAUAUUCUGCACGAAAAUCUCCACUGUAUGACAACUGCUUCCUGCAUGCUCCAGAUGGACAGCCCCUGUGCACUUGUGAUCGCAAGAAGGCUCAGUGGUAUCUGGACAAGGGGAUCGGAGAGCUAGUUAGCACAGACCCAUUUGUUGUGAAGCUGCGGUUUGAGCCUUCAGGACGUCCUGAGUCUCAAGUUGAUUAUUACCUGACAGUCAAAGAGAACCUGUGUGUUGUAUGUGGCAAGCGAGAGUCCUAUAUCCGGAAGAACAUUGUUCCUCACGAAUACCGAAGACACUUCCCUAUCCAGAUGAAGGACCACAACUCCCAUGAUGUGCUCCUACUCUGCACGUCUUGCCAUGCCAUCUCCAAUUACUAUGACAACCAUCUCAAGCAGCAGCUGGCUGAGGAGUUUGGUGCUCCCAUCGGCUCUGAGGAAGGCGUGCGUCUGCUGGAGGAUCCUCUACGCAGGCAAGUGCGCUCGGGGGCCCGAGCCUUGCUGAAUGCAGACAGCCUGCCUGACCCCCGAAGGGCAGAACUUCUGCAAAGCAUCAAGGACUUCUUUAACACAGAGGUAGUCACCCCAGAGAUGCUCCAGGAAGCAGCUGGUCUGGAAACCAGGAUCUGCAAUGAGAGCUACAUGCCACAUGGACUGAAGGUGGUGCAGUGUUUUGCUAAAGGAGGCCUGCGCUCCCUUAUGCAGUUGGAGAGACGCUGGCGGCAGCAUUUCUUGGACAGCAUGCAGCCCAAGCACCUCCCAGAGCAGUGGUCAGUGGACCAUAACCACAUGAAGCUGAUCCGAAAGUAUGGGGAAGAUCUUCAGAUCGAGCUGUCGUGAAACUAACUUCCUGGACUCUAGAUAGUGUCUAAUGGAUAUAUGUAACUGAAGGUGGAAGGACUGUUUUUAUUUCUAUGUCUCCACUAACACCUGGGCCUGGGUUUGCAAACAGGCAGCAGUAGAUCUGCCAGAUUUGGCGUUUUUAUAGAGUUAAAUCUGUUGACUUGAAUUUUUAGGGGGUUUGGAAUUUUUAAUCCUAGUAUUGUCACUGCCUAGUUCAGUGCAAGAGUGAUAUGCUAAGGGAACUUGUCUUCUCAAAGUGGCUAUGGAGAGUUCUUUUCUAACCCCCAGGAUGUCUGAUGCCUCCAGACCAUCUCUUUUGACACAGAGCACAAUAUAGGAACAUUUCCAGGUUUUCCAACAAAUACAUCUGCGCCCUUGGCUGCACCUUGAGAGUCUCCUGAUAAAAGUCUCUCUUUGCUUUCCGUGCAGUUGUAUUCAUAUGAGUUCUUCUCAGAGAAGACUCCCUGCCAGACAGAGAUUCCUUGUUUGGAAGUGGCAAAGAAACCUUACGUUUCUUUUUUUGCAGAUUCUGAGCUGUAUCAGCAUUGCAGAUAGACUCAGUGAGUUUCCUGGUGGCAGGCGCCUGAUGGGAAGCAACACUCUGACUCUGGCAGUGUGGAAGGACCCGUGUCAAGUCUUUUCUUAAACAGCUUGCAGCAAUGCACAGUCUAUAAAAAAAUGUUCUUUCCUAAUUCCACUUGUUUAUCAUGAAUAGCUCUUGCGGGUACCUUUUCAUGUCAGACUGAAAGAAGCUUGGGUGUCUUAAAAGGGAUGAGAGGAAACAAAUGUCAUUUAAAGACCAGCAUCUUUUAAGAGGUCAGACCACAUGUGGCAGAAAACUGGAAAAUCUGGUGUUCUGUUCCUGGAUUUGACAUGUGUGGUGGUGAGCAGGUCAUACUCUCUCCAUGCCUGUUUCCCUGUCUCUAAAAUGGGACUAAUAAUACUUAACUAUCUCACAAGGGUGUUGUGAGGCUUAAUUAAUUCAUGUUUUUCUAAAAUGCUUUGAAAAUACAAGCUAGUGUGUGUUAAUUAUUACUGUUGUUUUUUUGAAAUGUGUUGCUGUCUUACUUUCUUAAAUAUUCAUGGGUUUUGCCUGUUGCUAGACCUUAGUGAAAUAUAACUUUUUAAAAUACAUAGCCCUUUCUGUGAAAUCACUUUUGAUGAUUUUGAUUGCAUGAUAUGAGUGUGCUUCUCCUGAAUGAUGAAGCUGUGCUCAACUUUUAUAGGUCUCUGUAAAGAAGUUUCAGUAAAACCCUUACCAUACUUCACACUACUGCAUAUAGCGCAGUUGACCCAUAUUUUAUUAUAACAUCUGGGCAGAAUCCUGGGCCUGCUGUGAUCAUGGCUGAAAAUGUCCCUUAUCAGAUAAUUCAAGAAAUUUCAGAGGCCAGGGGUGAAAAACCUGUUUGUAGCAGAGACUGUUUGAGAUAAGUAGGAGCUGUAGAGAAAUGGUACGUUAAUGCCAUCCCAGAGGAGCUGCAGUAACAGCCUGAGCACAAGGAAUCGAAGAUUCAUGAUACAUACUACUUAUCACAGAGCUGCAAAUGAGACCAUUUUCUCAUUAUAAGGGCAAUUCUAUUCGUUUCCUGUGCCACUGACAGGUCUUAACAAAAACUGAUCUAGCCAAAUGUGUUCUGUCUCUGUGCUCAUUCACACAGCUGCUUAUAAUCUCAGCAAGAAUCAGCAAGAACCUCCUGUCUACAGCAGCAGCUUGGAUGUAACUAUUUCUCUCCAAAGCAUUUUGAGCAUGUGUUCAGAUAGCACUAUCUCCUGUAUUCAGUGCCAUCUGAUCAGGGUGGCGAGAGCUCUUUGCAUGGCUCAGAAACUCCGUUUCAACAAUCAGGAGUAAAAGGUGUCCAUCUCAAUUCUUCCUUCUGCUUUGUUUUUUCUCCUUGUUCUGAUGUAGGAACUCCUGAUAAAGCUGUCCUUGUUUAGUGGAACCAAUGGUAGGACCACAGGGCUGCUGUCUUUUCUGUUUGUUGAGAUAAGAAAAUGAUGUUGAGACAAGAAUUGGACUACACGUCCUCUAAAUUUAAGGAAUCAGUGGUAUCACUGAAGAGUUUUCUGGGUUUUUUUUUCCAGAUCACUUGUUCAGAAAUAGGAAUUUGCAAGGAAAACUUCCUUUAUAAAUAUUUUCUUAACUAAGAUUCUUUGUUGUUUGUAAGAUAUCCUUAAGUUCCAUCAUUUUAAGUCAACCUGAGAGAGGAGGGGAAGUGAUAUAUUUAUUGUGCAGAAAGAGAUUAUUUUUAUAUGAUUAUGAUUUUAAAUUCUGCCAGUCUAUAGGUAAAACUUUCUUGUAUGUCGUCAUCGCUAAUUGUCACACUCAGUAAAAAUUUGCUGUUUUACCAGA